AUGAACGAGUUGAUGGGUGCAGCCAUGUUUUCAUUGGCAGUUUGGAUACGGUUUCAAGACGAUUUUAGAGAAUGGGUGGAAGAGAUGAAGAUGGAGCAUUACUGGGACGGGAUCUGGGUGCUGUUCGUAUGCGGACUCCUGGUGAUGGGGGUUUCAUUCUUUGGCUGUUGCGGGGCAUUAACCGAGAGCCCGUGCAUGGUUGGAACGGUAAAUCAGCUACAAUUGUCUUCUUCUUUC